AUGGAAUCGGACGUGUCGUUUUCACAAAGGCCGGGCGGAGGUGUGCAACGUUACCUCUCUACCAGUGCCGUAUCACUCCCGAAGCCCCAUAUGCUGACUGCCGUUCUGCCGGGAUCGGAGGAUCCUGGAGCUGGAAAAAUACCGGCACUGGCAAUGGGUAUUCGUGGGCGCGCAUUUUCCACGCGUUGAAACUUGUUUUUUUCUUCUUCCCCUUCUGCUUUGCAAGACCUUUCUUUAGCCUCGACAAGUCGCCGCAACAAGCUCGUCAACAACAACUGAUGCUUCCGGAGCGAUAAACAUUCUAUUCCAUUGCAUUAUCUGGAUUAUAUAUCACCCUCCCCGGUCUCGUGUAUAGGCCAAUCACGUUUGGUCUGCUCGAGUAGGAUAGGCGGCACCUGUUCCCUCUUGUCCACCGUCCCAAAAUUCGUCGCGCUGGCUGAACGGGCGAAGGUUGGGGAAGCCCGAGGGGUUGCCCAUGGGUAUUCUCCGCUGUCGUCACCUGGCCAGUCGCCGCUAGCCAGUCCGACGACUGGCACGGUCACCACUGGGAGACCGCUGCCUAAAACACCGGGCGAGGUUAGCUCACCCACGGGUAUUGCGAAUGCCAGUGGAGAUGGAUAUUUCCCUGUGCCUCCGGGGGCCAUCUCACCAUCCUCGCAAUCACGCAAGCCUUCCACUGCUUCCAACGCCUUGUCUACCCGUUCCUUCGAGUUUGCCCCUCAUCGUUCUCCCCUCCAGGAGCUCGAGCUCGAAUUGAAGCAUAUUAGCCGGGAGGAAACUGAUGCACCUCAACUAGGACGCUCCCUCAGUAAAAAGCAGGAGGAGCGUCUUCAGAGGAGUGCGACCGUCACCUCAAGGGUUACAACCCGAGGGGGUGUCACCGGUGCUUCCGCGAGGGAGCACCCUAAGAUUGAGGAGGACAGCAACCAGCAUCCCGAGACUGAUACCAAGCACCACCAUCACCGACACAAAAUCGCUGACAUGUUGGGACAUCAUUCGAAGCACAAGGAUGAGCCGGAGGAGAGGAAGAGGCAGGAAGAGAAGAGCAAACAGGAUGGAGAGGGUGGCUACUACGAUACUCCAUCUCGGGCAGACGCAUUGGAUGAACCCCAGACUGUUUAUCGGACUCCUCCUAAGAACCCAGCACCAAUUUCUGGACAUGAUCGUAUUGGUCGGAAAGGCGGUCGUCACAGUCACCAUGGGAAUCCGCUCCAGCACACCCGCGCGAAGGACGGCGCUGCCGGGGGUCUCGGGGAUGUCAGAGUUACUCAGGCUCUCGGUGGAGUGGGUGUGUUUGAUCCUCGGGUCGUGCGUCUGGCUUUGGAGGAUGUGGAGCUCAGUGAUCCAGCCCGGCCGAGUAAUGACACGGCCGGGGCUAGUGACGGUAUGGCCGGUUUUUCUUAUAAGGAUUUUUUUUUUCUUCCAUUCCACCCGUAUUUCCUCCUUUGGUGACGUGUCUGUUGCCUGCCCCACAUAUUCGGUUUUCCGAGCAUAUCUCCUGCACGGGAUCAUCUCGAAGCCCUUCCUGCUACUUGUCAUGGCCGUUCUUCUUCUGCAUCUACCCCUCGCGAUUAUUCCUAUUCUUCCCUUAAUCCUCCGGCGGAUUGUCUGGGUGGGAUGGGUUGCGUUCAAUCGCGGAACCGAUGCCCAGAGCACUCCAUAUACCGCAAGAACAAACAAAAAAGAAGCAUGGGCUGAUACUGUCUUACCUCGAGGCUAUCCCUUCUCGUCAAGUUCCAGUUCCUACAUCAUUCUCUCCCCAGUUAAACAUCAAAUGUGGGCCUCUAUUGCGGUACACAGGCCUGCGUAGAGAUGGUGCGUUUUCGGAGAUUUGCACGGCAGAGGAGGAACGAGACACCUGGCGUGGAUCAAUAAUGAUUGUUACUACUGAUGACCUCUCGGAUUACUCAAUGCCCCCAGUGAUCAGACUAUUUGCGCAGCCUGUGUCUGAAGCGGAGAUUGGGGAAGCCAAUGGAGAUACAUUAGCAGAGGCAGAAACAGUGUCUGCAAUUGGAGAGCCUCUCCCCGUUAAGCCAGCCAAGGAGACCCCUUCAAAGCAAGGCGAGCCUCGCGAUGAUGAUCUCCUUUUGAGAAACGUUGCGACGGCUCGUCGAGUGGAUGAUGGCGAGAGGCUCGGGAAGUUCAAGGAGGCUGAAGCUACGAAACUACACGCCGAACGAGGGGUAACCUUUUGGAGGUUCAUAGUUGAGGUUGAAUUGGGUGACGAACAAGCGAGGAUUGCGUACCGUAUCAAUCAUGGACCGUCAAUCGCGUUUUGGGUACCUGCCCGGGGACAAACCAUGAAUAUAAUGUUCCACAGCUGUAACGGAUUUAGUUUGAGCGUUAACCCAGAUGACUUUUGUGGACCAGAUCCUCUUUGGAGGGAUGUUCUUCGGGAGCAUCGGGAGAAGCCGUUUCAUGUGAUGCUUGGGGGUGGAGAUCAGAGUAUGUCAUCAGAUCCUUGGAGGGAGAUUUCAGACCUGGGAUUCGUCUAACCGGUAUCUGUAUUUUUGGCCUCCGUUUCAGUGCUGACGUGGUUUCCUAUAAGUUUACAACGAUGCUGUGUCCAAAAAGACGGACCAUUUCAAAGCGUGGUUAGGAAUAAAGACACCGUUUGUUAAGUCUUCACACGAAUUCACACCGGAAAUGGCCGAAGAGCUCGAAGAUUUCUACCUGGAACGAUACUGUAAGAACCCUUUGUAGAUCGUCCCGUUUGGCCCAAGAUCUAAUUCUUUAUCAGGCAUGUGGUUUUCCCAGGGCCUUUUCGGGGUAGCUAAUUCACAAAUUGCAAUGGUAAAUAUUUGGGAUGAUCACGACAUUAUCGAUGGAUUCGGCUCCUAUCCCCACCAUUUCAAUCGCUGCCCUGUAUUUUCCGGGCUUGGUGCGGUUGCUUUUAAGUACUAUAUGCUCUUCCAGCACCAGAGCAUAGUAGACGAAAAAGAGGAGCAUGAGCCAAGUUGGGUUCUAGGAUGCGCUCCGGGCCCUUAUAUCGCAGAGCUUAGCAGAAGCUGUUUCAUGUUUCUUGGAAGAAAGGUUGCAUUCUUGGGUUUGGACUGUCGAACUGAGCGAAUGGUAUGAUCAAACGGACUGUCACCACAGAGCAUCGGCUAACUUUUGGCGAAGCGAGAUCUCGUACUAUCGGAAGAGAGCUACGAUUUGGUAUUUGAACGACUGACCAAGGAAAUUGUUGCUGGAGUGACCAAGCAUUUGAUUGUGCUUUUAGGGGUUCCGAUUGCAUAUCCACGGCUUGUGUGGCUGGAGAAUAUCAUGACAUCAAGGCUUAUGGAUCCACUGAAGGCUCUCGGGCGUAUGGGGUAUCUCGGAGGAUUUCUCAACAGUUUUGAUGGUGGUGUCGAGAUUCUUGAUGAUCUUGAUGACCAUUGGACGGCCAAAAACCAUAAAGCCGAAAGAAACUGGGUUUGUUUUCACAGAUAUCCAUUUUAAGGGCGAUCCCGAUUGUCUAACUCUGGCUUAGUUUAUUGAAAGGCUUCAAGAGUUUGCCGCUGAGAAGUCUGUACGAAUUACGAUCCUUGGGUAAGUCCUUUCGGCUGAAAUCGCCUAUUCGUUAGGAAGUUGAGUCCUAACGAGUGAUAGUGGUGAUGUCCAUCUAGCCGGGAUUGGCCAGUUUUAUUCGAGUCCUAAACUCCAUAUUCCUAGGGAGAAUGAUCACCGGUACAUGCCGAAUGUUAUUUCCUCCGCAAUUGUGAACACUCCACCACCUAAUGGUAAGCCAUCUUGAGCCUAUUAUACACAGCAGAGCCUAAGCAGGUGGCAAUACAGCAAUGGCGGAUGUUCUCAACAAGCGAAAUAAGGUUCACCACCUCAACCACGAAACCGACGAAGACAUGUGCCCCAUCUUCGACACGGACGUUGAUGGUAAGCCCCGAAACAACAAACGUCUUCUACCAAGUAUGCCUCCUUGCUCCCUUUUGAUCCUUAUGAGCAAAUAUGUUGACAAUCCCUAGGACGUAACUACGCCAUAAUCCACGAAUACUCUGCCGCCGAAGCCCCGCUGAGCAAAACCGCACAACCCCCCCUCAAACGCUCAACCUUCUCCAAGAUCAGAAAGGCCACCUUCGGCACCAAGAAGUCCAACAAGCCGACCCAACUGUCGAACAUAUCGGUUCCAGGCAUGGACGGCGCAAACACGAGUAGUCCGAAAGUCGUUGCUGACAGACUUGGCAGGGACGCGCUGGAUGUGGUGUUGAGAAUGGAGGUUGAUCAGAAGGAUCCUGCAGGCAAUACGAAACCGUAUAGACUUCUUGUGCCGGCGCUGCAGUAUGAUGGGGACGCAGCGGCUGGGGACGCGCAUGACGAAGGCGGGGGAGGGUGGAUUUGAGGAGGUUCCGGCGGUAGAGAAGUAGGCGGGCGAGUGGAUGGCAACCCGCGGUUUGGAGGUGCUUGUACUAUUUUUAUUUUUUUCAUACUUUUUCGUAUCUCUUCCCACGUGGAGAUAUCUGUUUUUUUCCUUUUUUACUUGGCUUUGCUGCGAUAGUGUUAUAGUAUUAUUCGCCUCUGGUUAACUAUUGCUUAAUCGACCUCAU